AUGAGCAAGAAAUAUUUCCCAGACUCCGAUUCAGGGUCCGAUUUUGAUGAAAACACCACAGACCUCCCAUUUCCCAAACCACUAUCGCGCUCGUCCUUCCUAGCUCCAGAAUUCGACCCUGCCACAUUCCUCUCGUCUCUGACCAACCGACAUCAAACCCUCGAAGACUUGCGACUAGAACUCCGCGAAUUAAGCCAAGGACUAAACAAAGAGCUACUCGAUGUGGUCAAUGAGAACUACCAGGACUUCCUGUCGCUCGGCGGCGCGCUACAAGGCGGAGAAGAGAAAGUGGAAGAAAUUAGCGUGGGACUCUUAGGUUUCCAGCGCGACGUUGCAGCAAUUCAUGCCAAAGUCGAAGCCCGAAAAGCCGAGAUGGAAAGCCUUCUACAAGAGAAGAAAGCGUAUAGGAUAAAAGCGAAUAUGGGAAGGGCUUUACUCGAUAUCGCGGAGAGAAUAGAAGAAUUGGAGCAGCGAUUGAUGAUUGUCGGUACGAAGGCGUUGAAUGGCUUACCUUCUACCACCGAGGACGCGGAUUCAGAUCAGGAAGGAUUUAUUUCUGACAACACGGAAAGCGACGAGGACUCGGAGGAGGAAACCGACGAAUCCACCAUCAUAUCAAUCAAAAGACUGGAAAGUCACGUACAGAAAUACCUAUAUAUAAUCUCAGAGUCGGAUCGAAUAGGUUCAGAUCACCCCUUUGUGCUUGGCCAGCAACCUCGUCUUGAAAAGAUAAGGUCUACAUUACUUCUCGAUUUGGACACGGCGCUGAAGCAAUUUCGAAAAGGUGGAACUAAAGACGAAACUCGUACAGUCAAAGUUUUACGAUUAUAUGACUCAUUGAAGGCCGAGUCUAGUGCCGUUUCUGCGCUUAAACAGCUCUCAAUAUAG